ACCGAACAGUCAGCUGAUGAAUCAGCUACGAUUCAGAAAGAGGAAAGCCUAGACGAUGACAAAUCGAACACACCGCUUGACCUCACCGUCAAGGAUGAGAGCGACCAUGACUGGAGCCCUGAAAAGCUUGUCGGUCUUGUUGAUCGCAGUGCUUUCAAUCUCCAACAAUUACUGAAACAGACAACUAGCAGUGAUCCUAGUCCAUCUUCUGAAACUCCUGAAACGGAAGUGACGUCUUCGAUUUGGCCAACUGCCAAUAUGCUGUUCAACCAGUACAAUAUUCUGAAUGUUGGGAAUUUGGCAAACAUCCAAAAUGUCCUUGAGCAAGGUAAAUGCUUCAAUUACGAGAAACUUCCUGCGCAGUUGAAAAUUUUCUUUAACUUUCAGAUAGUUGAAGAAGAAGGUCUCUACGCAUGCGAUCAAUGUGAUAAAAUGUUUGGAAAACAAAGUUCGCUAGCUCGACACAAAUACGAACACUCAGGUACCGUCUACCUACCGUAAUU